AUGGAUGUAGACGCAGGCCCAUCCCAUGCCACGACAAGCCAAGGUCAUGACAUGACCUCUAGAGAUUACUAUGCCGACUCGUAUGCCCAUUUUGGCAUUCACGAGGAAAUGCUCAAGGACACCGUCCGGACUGGCUCAUACCGCUCCGCGAUCGUCAACAAUGGUCAUCUUUUCAAGGGAAAAACGGUUCUCGAUGUUGGAUGUGGUACGGGAAUUUUGAGUAUGUUCGCCGCCAAGGCGGGCGCGAAACACGUCGUUGGAAUCGAUAUGUCCAACAUCCUCGAUCAAGCCCAAAAAAAUUAUCGAGGCCAACGGAUUCAAAGAUACCAUUACACUCAAUUCGACAUCAUCAUCUCGGAAUGGAUGGGCUACUUUUUGCUGUACGAGUCUAUGCUCGACACCGUGCUUCUUGCACGCGACAAAUACCUCAAGAAAGGUGGUCUUAUCUUCCCUGACACCGCAAAGCUCUACUUCGCGGCCAUCGAGGACCAGGAUUAUAAGGAGGAGAAAAUAAAUUUCUGGGACAACGUAUACGGCUUUGAUUACUCUUGCAUCAAAGACAUCGCCCUGCGUGAACCUCUCGUCGACACUGUCGACUUAAAAUCGGUUGUGACCGACCCGUGUAUGAUCAAAGAUAUCGACUUGCUUGUGGCUAAAAAAGAGGACCUGACUUUCCAAGUCCCCUUCAAACUGAAGGCCACUCGGGACGAUUACGCCCAUGCCUUCCUCGCGUGGUUCGACAUCUCCUUUGAAUGUACCCACAAAAAAGUGAAAUUCUCGACUGGUCCUCACGCACAAUAUACCCAUUGGAAGCAAACCGUAUUCUACACGCCUGAGACGCUUACGCUUUCCAAAGACCAGAUAGUGACUGGCGAAGUUAGCUGUGCACCCAACUCACGAAACAACCGUGAUCUCGACAUUUCUAUAACGUACAAGACCAGCGAAGAAGAGCCGGAGACAAGGAUUGACUAUAAAAUGUCUUAA